AUGGGCCGUGACGCCUGCGAAUUGACGCAUUCCUCUCCCAUGAAGUUCUCCCUGUCCCCUCUGACUUACCUCAUCUCUUCCUCUCGCCAGCUGAAGCCCCGUGCGCUCCCGCCACGGCCGCCGUCCACUCCUCCUCCGUGUCUCACCUCAGGGGCUGCCCCGGGGCGCAUCGAGGACGGGGCACGGAACCCCGCCCGGCGCCUCGCCGGGACACCGCGGCUUCGAGUUCCCGCCCCCGCCCCUGAGGGCAGCGCGGCGCGAGGCCGCGGCACGGAGAGCGCGCGAGGCCGCGGCACGGAGAGCGCGCGAGGCCGCGGCACGGAGAGCGCGCGAGGCCGCGGCACGGAGAGCGCGCGAGGCCGCGGCACGGAGAGCGCGCGAGGCCGCGGCACGGAGAGCGCGCGAGGCCGCGGCACGGAGAGCGCGCGAGGCCGCGGCACGGAGAGCGCGCGAGGCCGCGGCACGGAGAGCGCGCGAGGCCGCGGCACGGAGAGCGCGCGAGGCCGCGGCACGGAGAGCGCGCGAGGCCGCGGCACGGAGAGCGCGCGCGGCCGCGGCACGGAGAGCGCGCGCGGCCGCGGCACGGAGAGCGCGCGAGGCCGCGGCACGGAGAGCGCGCGAGGCCGCGGCACGGAGAGCGCGCGCGGCGCGUUUGUGUUCCCGCCCCUGCGCCUGAGGGCUCUGAGGGGCGAGGGCCCCGCACUUCCUGCUGUCCCGUACACGGGACACGUGCCGCGCACGGAAAAGCCGCCUGGGAGCCGCUCCGGCCCGAGCCCCGCGGAGCCGCCGGGGGGGAGCGAGCGCAGGGCCCGCAGACGGAGCCGUGUGCCCGCGGCUCCGCACGAUGAAAGCCCCGGGCCCGCUCGGUUCGCGGCUGCCCGGAACGCGCCGGCUCUGCGGGCGCUCCCUGCUCCCGGCUCCUUCCCGGAGCUGACAGCUCCAAUGCCGUUCGCUCAUUCCCGCCCGCUCUCUGCGCGGGCUUUUCAACAGAGCCGCGGCUCUGCCGGGCCGCCAGAGGGUUUUGUGUUCCUUUCCCCUCCGCUUUUCUCCCGCGGUGUUCGGGGCCCGCGGGGAUGCGGCAGCCCCGGGAGCGCCGCGCCGGCCCCGCUCGACGCCCGCUACCGCCGCCGCCCGGUCAGGGCGGGACUCAGGACCGAACCCCCGCGGCUGCGGGCGCAGCGCGGCCGCGUUCGCUUCUCCCUCUGCCCGCAGCGGCUGCGAGGGGCAGCGGUCGGAGCUCUCUUUGAGCGGGCAGCGGCCGGAGCUCUCUCUGAGCGAGCAGCGGCCGGAGCUCUCUCGGAGGGGGCAGCGGCCGGAGCUCUCUCGGAGCGGGCAGCGGCCGGAGCUCUCUCCGAGUGGGCAGCGGCCGGAGCUCUCUCGGAGGGUGGCCACCGUGUGUUGCUCUUUUCUCAGAUGACUCAGCUGCUCGAUAUCCUGCAGGACUACAGGGACUACAGGGGUAAGAGGGUCAGAGCAAAGGCAAAAUUUCAGAAAUUCACGUUGUUUGUUUGGAAAGACUACAGCUACAAGUGGCUGGACGGCUCUGUGAGGGGUGAGGAGAGACACCUUGCCAUCAAGAACUUUGGUCAACAGCCCAUCUUUAUCUUCCUGUUGAGCACCAGAGCAGGUGGAGUUGGCAUGAAUCUGACAGCAGCAGAUACAGUUAUUUUUACUGAUAGUGAUUUUAACCCACAAAAUGACUUGCAAGCAAUAGCAAGAGCUCACUGGAUUGUGCAGCACAAGCCUGUAAAAAUUAUCUGUUUGAUUGGGCGGGAUACAGUUGAAGAAAUCAUCUACCGAAGAGCCGCCUCGAAGCUCCGGCUGACCAACGCCGCUGUUGUGGAAGGGGGGCAGUUUGCUCUGGGAGCACCCAAGCCUCAGGGAACAGCAGAGUUACAGCUGAGUGAAAUCUUGAAAUUUGGCCUGGAUAAGUUGCUCUCCUCUGAGGGAAGUACUGUACAGGAUGUAGAGCUGGAAAACAUCCUGGGAGAGACAAAAGGAGGGCAGUGGAUAAUGGACACUGUGCUGCCACAAAAGGAAGAGGAUGAAGAGGAGGAUACAGAGAAUCACAUAUAUGUGUAUGAAGGCAAAGAUUAUUCAAAAGAACACAGCAGAGAAGACAAAAAGGCAUUUGAUCAGCUUUUGGAUCUUCAGAAAGCACUGAUUGAAGAGUCCAGCAAGGAAGGGAGAGCUCUCCAGAACAAAGCAAAUGCCCUUCUCACAGGCCUUCAGGAGCAGUUGGCCAAGAGGACGCUGAGUGAAGAGGAGCUGGAGGCUCGGAGGAAGAAGCGCCAAGAAGCAGCAGCCAAGAGAGCAAGGCUCACGGAGGAAAAGAAAGCAGCAAAGGCAGAGGCAGAACACAAGAAAAAGAUGGCCUAGUGGGAGGCCAAUCAUUACACAUCUCCCUGCCUUCCUUCAGAGGAAAGUGGCUCUGAGGAGGAGUUUGAGAAGGAUGAGUUGGGGCCGAAUGUGGAUUUAGAUUACCAAGAUGGAGACCAGAACUGUAUCAAGUACGUCAUGGGAGAUGUAACCCACCCCCAAGCAGAAGAGGAAGAUGCCAUCAUUGCCCAUUGCCUAGAUGACUCUGGCCGCUGGGGCAGGAGUGGUUUAUUCACUGCUCUAGAGACUCAUUCUGAUGAGCCAAGGAAAAUAUAUGAGAUGGCAGGAAAGAUGAAAUCUCUGAAAGCAGUGCUUCAGUGGUGCUCUGACUUGGCUUGUUUGGAGUGUGAGAACUCUGUAUCUGGAGUUAGGAGGACCCUGCUAUUCCCUAUUGAUGAUAAAAAAUCCAGGAAAAAAGGACAAGAUUUGCUGGCCUUGAUUGUAGCUCAGCAUCAGGAUAGGUCCAACAACCUGUCUGGCAUUAAGCUGUCAGCUUUGGAAAAGGGCCUGAAGAAGAUUUAUUUAGCAGCCAAGAAAAGGAAUGCCACAGUGCAUCUUCCAUGGAUCGGGCAUGCAACCAAAGGCUUCAACUGGUACGGCACCGAGCGCCUCGUCCGAAAGCACCUGGCAGCUCGGGGCGUACCCACGCUUGUAUAUUACUUCUCAAGGAGUAAAGAUUCUUCCUCUGCUUCACAACCAUAUUCAUCUUCAACAACAGUCUUAAAGCCAUGAAGAUGCAGUAAUUUCACCAAGAACAUGCACGAAAGGUGGCCAUCAUCAGGCAGUCCACGUGCACUCUUGUCACAAACACGGGCUGCAGAGCCAUUAUUCACACCUGAACCUCUCUGCUGUGACUGGCCCAAACAUUUGCGUGUUGUCAGUGGCUCUGGAGUGGAAUGAGACUCUCUCUGACUUCAGACUCCAAAGAGGAAGGACUUGGCUCAAUCCCAGAUCUCAUUUGGAGAUGGAAAAUUAAACUUUUAACUGAUGGUCCAUUGUUAUCCCUUACAUUAAGUUAUUGUUGGGAUUUGGAAUAGAGUAUUGUUUAGCUGUAUUUCCCUGCCCCCUCCUUCUGUCUCAAAUUCAAUACCUUAUCUCACUAUACCUCUUUUCAAUCAGCUUUUUAGUGGUUACCUGGCAUUCAGUCUACGUGUCCACAUAUAACUCAGCAGAAAGGAACCUGUCAGCUGUAUGACAACCACACAGGAUAAACUGUUCAUCCUCUUCUGAUUUCUCAGAAAUCCACUUGACUUGCAUUUGUUCAAGUAUAAAAUUUAGCUACCAAAUCAUGUGGUUAUAGUCUAGCAAAAUGCUGACCAGUAUCCUUGGCAAAGGUGUGCAAGGCUGCCAAAAUUUGAGACUGACUAUAAACGAUACCUUUCCUUCUCCCACUCUUAUUUCAUUACACAGCUUUUUGUUGCGGCUUUAGGGCAAACCCAGUUCCUUACCUGCUGUCUAAAAAACUGUGUGAAAGGUUCCAUGACCCUUUGAUUCACUUUUUAGUUUUUGAUGUUGGCUUUUUGAUGAUGGCUUUGCUCUACUGCAAGAAAACUUUCCUGGUUUUCACACUGUUGACACUAUUUGUAACCAAUAUAUUUUUAGGUUAUUUUUUACACAUAUUUAGGGUGCUUUUGUACAACCAGGCAAGAGUAGCUCUCCUAAUAAGUGCUGUGACCAGGGACAGUGUGCGAUAUGAAACUUAAUUCAAUUCAAAGUUCAUCUUCCGACGGGAAAUCACCCCACAAGCGGUGGAAAGCAUGUCCCUAAAUAUCUCAUUGCCACACACAUCUCUGGCUGCAUCUACACUGCCCCUGUGGCACCAUCUGGUUAUUUGAGCAUUCCAGGCCUGCCAUGGCUCGUCGUGCUGACUGGUGUGCUCCAAACGAGGAGAAGCCUCCUGAGCUGGAUAUUCUGGCGUUUACUCCUGGCUGGAGCAGACAACCCCAUGGGAUACCUUACCUCCUCGGACCCUGCUGGAGCUGAGGGCAGCCAGGCUGCACAGCACCUCUGUGGGGGACAGCCUUCCUGCAGCUGUUCCCAGGAGCAGCCCCCUCUGCACUUGGCAAAGUGCCUGCAGCAUCCGAGUCCGACUGUGAGCACCUGGAAGGGUGAGGGGUGCUGAGUGGAUGUACCUUGCUUUCCCCAGCCUCUCAAAGUGCCCCUCUUGCAGCAGGCCAGCUGGUGGCACUGUUAGCCAGCUCACAGUGCUUCUCCAGCCUGGAAAAACGCUCCCUCUUUCCCAGAAUUAAAACACCAAUUACGCCUUUUCCUUUGGCAGCCUUGACUGAACACAUCAUUUCAGUCUGCAGACUCGAGGCUCUGUUCCUCCACCUCUUCUUUUUCCUGUAUGCUCAUUGCCCUUCGUUAAAAGGUUUAGUUCCCAGCUAUUCCAGUGCAUGCAGUCUUGUUCCUCAGCUCCACACACACCUAUGGGUGCUCUGGCCACCAGCUGCACAUGAACAGAGGAUUUGUCCUGUGGCUGGCUCCUCCAGAACAGGCUGAAAUGGUGUGUCCGCCCCCACUACGGCCAGCUAUUCCUUUUUGAGGCCUCAUGCUUGCCUUUGUUUCAGCCUGUGUCCUGUGCCCCCCAUGCUGCUAUGACUGAGCAGAGUUACAAAGGAGAGCAGGGCUGGCUGUCAAUGUCCCUUACCCCUUAAGGUCUACGGGAGCUGAGAGGUACCUGUAACACAGAGGAAAGGUCAUGGUAUGUAACAGGUUCUAGCCCUCUAACUCAGAGGCAAGUAAAUAAAUCAGGUUCUUUCCCUCUCUCACCCUUUUCAACUGUAUAGAUGAAAUCUACCUUAUUUUGUUCCCUUUAAAUAUACUUAGGAAAUGCUUCUGGAGUGUGGGGGAUUUGUUGUGGGUUUCUUGCUUUCUCUUUUUUUAAGAAACAAUAUUCUUUAGUAUUUUUAAAAUCUGCUGAACCCAAAGAAAAGUUCUACCCCUGUCUGCUUUGAAAUGGAAGUGAGAUUUCAACUGAAUCCUGAAUUGAGUUUUGCAGAAUCUCAGCCAAGUGAAGUAUUUCUAGUUUUUCUAGUGUUACUACCCACCACCAUUUGUCUUUAUUUGGGCAGAAAUCAUGUAUUUCAGAUAAUUAAUUCCAUACAGGGCUCAGCAGCUUUUAUACAAGUUGCUAUACAAAAUAAAUGUGUCAUGCUGUUUCUUCAGCUGCACAGUACUUUGCAUUUUCCUUUUCUAAAUAGCAACCACCCCAAAAGGGAAGGAAGGAGUUUUUUUGUAGUGAUGUCCCUCUGGCCUCUCUCUCUCUCUCCUUCCACAGAAGAUUUUUUGCAGCAGAAGAGCUGGAAAGUGCCACCUUGUGCAUUUCUGUCAUUGCACGUUGGCUUAAAGUUUCAAUGUAAGCUGCUGGAGUGAGGUCAGCGGCUGAGGGCGCGAUCAUGCACAGCUCAGAUUGGCUGUACCAGCAGUUUCAUCAGAUAGGACCUAAAAAGUGACAUCCAGUCUCAGGAAAAAACUUUGCACCCCGUGCUGCAGGCUCCAGCUGAUGCUAUAUAAAAGCAGGCUGUAAUUCAGAGUGACAUUUAUCCUUGUGUUGGCUUAGCUCAUGCUUGUGUUUCUUGACAAAGCACUGCCUCUGAUGCUCAGGGCAUUAUGCAUGCAAAUUUUGUCUUUAGUGGCUUGUAACUUGAGAAUGAUCUUUCCUUUCUAUUCAGGAAGUAGUAAAAACACUAGAAAGCUCAGAAAUCAAUCAGGUUUUAUGGACAUAUGUGAUUUUGUUAUUGAAUUUUGUCAGAGACAAAAAUUAUCUGGAUAUUUCACUGUGUGUUGGGGAAGGCAGAGCCUGGAUUUUGAGCAAAGUAGAAGGCUGGUUUCCAAGGUGAUGGAGAAAAUCUGCACCAAAUUCAACCUCAGUAUCUUAAGAAAAAUAUUGUACAUGUGUAUCUCUAAACAGAGCAGAAUCUGACCCACAACAAUGAUCCAUAUAAAAAUAUAAGAAUAAGGAGAUUGAUUCAUUUAAAAAUAAGUGAAGCCAAGGUCCUGGAGGAAAAAGAAAAGCAAAGUUUUGAGCUGAGAGAUGACUUAAAAGUGUAACAUACAUGUCAAUUUGUGUGAAAACUCCCUCCACUUUACAGUACAUGAUCCUGGAAAAGAGAUUGUAGACCUUUAUUCAGAUGAUUUCAGUGAAUAGCAGUGUUGCUCAUGCACUAUGAUCAGCAAAUCAAAGUGUAAGACAGAAUGAUACAAAACCGUAAUGGAUUUGCCAUAGGGAAGGAUAAUGUCCACAUUACAGAAAGUGCCUCAUCUCUCCCUGGUUUUCUGUCCAACUCAUGCUUUUCAUAGUGAAAAGUCCAAGCCUGAGGAAUGCAGUAGAUGGAUUAGCAGAAUUACAUAUGAGUCUCCUCUCUAGAACACAGAUCUCUGUAUCACUUUGAAUUUCCUGCAAGUGUGUGGAUUUCAAGUUGGACAACACCAUCCACUCAUCUUGGCCCUGGUCAGAUGGUACUGCCUUGGUGGGGAGGCACAUAGACCCUUCAGAAAACAUCGUGAAGACAGGAACUGUCUGGACCCUCAUGUUUCAGGCAGGAAGAGAAUGUUCCUGCUUGCACUUGUAACAUUUUCCGGUGUGUUUCUUCAAAGCUAAGGAUAGAAACAACCCCCUCAAGGAGCUGUAUGAAAUGAGAAUGCUAAUCAUGUUGCUGUUGAAAAAAACAAACCAACAGAGAGUUAAGGAAAGACAGAAGUUGUUUUUUGUAAAAUCUGAAAAAGGCUCAGGUUUUGGUGGCUUAAGCAGAAAAGAAUUAUUUAAUAACUUACUUGCUGAAAUAGGUGCAGGACAUCUACUAGCCUUUCUCUGCUGCUUCGAGUGAAUUUGAGGUUGCAGCAUUGACAUUCACAUGAUAAGGAUUGCUUUCUUUUCCACAGAAGAGAGACAAAUUUGGAGCAAAUCAAAGGUAUUUAUGAUCUCAUAAAUCUCAUAAAAUGAUCUCAAGUCUGCUAUGGAAAGGGAUGAAGAAUCUGAAAUCAUAUCCCUUUCUUGUGUGCCACUUCAUGAAACAGUUUGGGCCUGGCUUCAUACAAGUGCCCUAGCACCUCAUCCAUCUGUGUGUGCAUCUAAGAUCAAGCCAUAAAGCAGUGCCAGACCAUACACCUGACCACUUACAAAUCCUUCCUGAAACAUCUCCUGGCCGCUGUUUCAGCAGGAACAGGGAAAUAUCAAAGCAGAGGAGAAUGGAACAGUGAAAGUGUCUUGCAUUACAAGCACAGUCUGGACCGAAGACCAACUUUGUUUGACAGGGACAUACUGGAGUCCACGAACAUGAUUCAGGGAUUGGUGCAUCUGACACACCAGGAGCUGGGAUUUUUUUACCUUUGAGAAGAGGUUUCAGAGUGGAGUUGAUGUGUGUAAAUGUCUAUCAAUAUGUAUAAAUAUUAGUUGGAAGGGAGUAAAAAAGUGGAGCCAGACGCUUCUCAGUGGGACCUAGUGAAAGGAAAAGAGGGAACAGGUGCAAACUGAGGUACAUUUAAAUGUGAGAAAAACCUCAUUUUUACCAUGCAUGUGUUAAACCCUGGAACAGGUUGCCCAGGGAGCUUGUGGACUCUGUCUUUGAAGAUGUUCAAAACCCUGCCUGGCACAGCCCAGAGCAACCUGCUUUAGUUCACCCUGUUCUGAAUGAGGAGACUGGAUCUCCAGUGGUCCAUUCCAACUGAAACAAUUCUGUGAAUCUAUGAGAUCCAUCCAAGUACCUUAAAGAAAACUCUAAUCAACUCUAAUUUUACCUAUUCAGUAGUGUACAGGAGCAGAGCACUUCACAAAUUUGUGAACUAUAACCCUACUACACAGGUAGCUUGACUCAUACGAAACAUUUCCUCGUGUCUCAGAGGUUUAAACAGAUGAUGACAGAUAAGCAUGUACAGUAUCUCAGAAUCUGCCCCUGAACCCAUCUUCAGUGUAUUCCUCCUUUGCCAGUUUUUUGUGUAACACCUUGACCUAGUUAGGUGUGAGGGGCUUCACUGCUGGGUCUGACAGGUAUCUGCACCAGGGCAGGGCGAGGGUGCUGGUCCUCACUGAUGUUUGUAUACAUCCCUAGCUUACAGCCUGUAGCAAUCUCCUUUCCGUGGGGUACUGCAACAAGUCCUGCUGCUCUGAACCAUGAAACAAGUACUGCGAAAUCCUCUAAAUCUUCUUGAGCAGCUGCUGGGGCACCAUAGUAGGAAAAGAAAUAGAUUUAGCAGAGCUUCUUUUUUGCUUUCUAAGAAGCCUAGUUAAAGACCUUUGGUAAAGGCCUCUUUCCCUUGUUAACGUUUUCCCCUGAAUUUCCAUGGCCUUUGCUCCUUGUACCGAGUCUUUCCCCUGCCCCAGAGGUGUGUCCUGUUGUCUUCUGUCACAUUUCGCCCACCUCUGAGCAAGCUCAUGAGCAGCGGAGAGCCCUUAGCAGGCAGGGAGACUGAGGCAGGCUUGCAGCAGGGUGUCAGACGCUUUUCAGGGCAGAGACAGUCCCUGGAAUGCGGCAGAGUACUCAGGCCCUGGGCAAGUUUAGACACAUGUUGAUGCAUAAUACAAGAUGGAGCCUAUUAUUUGAUAUCAGACUUUUCCAGUCAGUCACAGGGUUGGGUAAGCAUGUAUGCCAUGCAAAAUAGGAGGUAAUGUAACUACCAAAUCAGAGUGAUAUGGGAAGGUUUCUUGUCGUUCCUGGUUGACUGUUUCAUUGUGAAGUCAUUCUGUGGGCUAUGGGUGUUGAGCAGAGGCCAAGCACUACCAAUAAAACUCCGACAUUAUUUUGGAAAAAGGGAAUGAAGGCCAAGUGGAGGGGAAAAAUAAAAGGUGCCAUCUAUAGAAGCCACAAUAAUGCAAAACGUACACUAUCUAAUAGGAAUAACUUCAGUUACUUCUGCGGUUGUUCCAUUUGUGGCCUGGGUCAUUCCUGAGCAGUUCAAAGUGCAGGACUGGAAUCCAGGAGGUCUAGAUUUUCUUCAUACAUUCCCAGUUGCUAGCUCAUUGUAUGUCCUGG